UUCUCCUCUCCAAACAACUCCAACUUUCCAACCAUGGCCGACCACCAAGCCAGCCCUGGCCAACCCCAAAGGCCACCGCGCCCAACCACCACCUCCACUGCCGGCGCCACUACCUUAUUUCUCCGUAAAAUGCAUGAGCAUGCACCCAACUCAACCCAGCUCAUCGGGUUCUUGACCUUGGUAAUAUCCGGUGGCAUUCUACUUCUCCUCACUGGCCUAACUCUCACCGCCACGGUUCUCGGCCUAGUUUUCUUCGCUCCCUUGAUUAUAAUCUCCAGCCCCAUAUGGGUUCCGGCUGGAUCAAUUCUCUUCGUGAUCAUCGCCGGAUUGCUCUCUUUCUUCGGGUUCGGUGUCGCAGCCAUGGCGGCCUUUUCCUGGCUGUAUAGGUACUUUCGGGGUUUCCACCCGCCCGGUUCGGACCGGGUAGACUAUGCAAGAAGCCGAAUUGCGGAUACGGCAAGUCAGGUGAAGGAUUAUGCUAGAGAGUAUGGUGGAUAUUUGCAGGGUAAAGUGAAGGAUGCAGCUCCUGGUGCUUGAAAAUUCAAGUGCAAAAUGCCAAACCGGACUUGCAAUAAACCGGCUUUUAAAAAAAAAAGAUGUUGUUUUUCGGCUAGCUUGUUCUGUUCUUUAAUUAUUAAUGAGAUGUCAUAUAUAUAUAUAUGUGUGUAAUGCAAUUUCGAUACUUUCCAAGUUUGCAUGUUCAUAAACUAAUUGAAGAAUUGGAGUUACUAGGUCUAACUGGGGUGGAAACGACUCGAAUCUAUCU